UAAGACAUCUUGCCUGAGUCAUGCAACUGGUUGGCACACCAGUGCUAUCCCUCGGCACGAUUAGCGUUUAAACUAGUCAAUGAUUUACAAAAGUACAGGUAGCCAAUGAUCCACAAAGGAACGACUAUCAAUUAAAGGCCAUGUAGUCACUGUUGAGUGAGCUGCACGGGCUCUCACUCAGGACUUGGGCAAUGUCUCAGUAAGUAACAAAUCUCAAGAGACGGUUAAUUCUCGGCCACCGCAAAUCACGGCUAGAGUAACAAUGCUUUCGUGUGGCAAAAAAGGACCCGACCGGCGUUUUUUCAUGCCAGGCUACCAUGGACUUCUUCGGUUUGCUCGGUUCAGGCCCAUGCGACCCAGAUCGUGGUGUAUAUUGAAUCAUGUAGGGAGGAUGAUGCGCUUGAAGACAAAGCAUUAUUCAGACGACAGGAAAAUGUUGGAUCAUCCGUGCCGAGGCUUCCAUAAAGCAAGUACCGAUAUUGCGUUUGGAAACCCCCUCACUGCAGCACACUGUUUCACGCUAGAUAUGAAUGAAAAGCACCAAAUCCAAAAUGUAUUGGUGUUGAUUUUCAGUCGAGAAGCUUCUCCAUGCAAUUUACAAAAGACUACUGGUUUCAUUGACCCCGGCUCACUGUCCUUAUCACGCCAUUGAAAUGGCAAUCUCCCAGACCAGCUUCUCCAAUGUCGGAACCGAGAUUCUGACAAUGGAUAGAAUUGCAGCAGAAAAUCCAGAG